AUGUCUGACUCAGAGAGCCCCGAACGAGUGCCCGAGGGCCAGCCAGAUCCUGUCCUCGUGGGCUCGGGACUGAAGGCACAGCGACAAGAGGCAUACACAAAUGCUACAAAUGCAACCCCCAGCUUGGAUACCGACAAGAAACACCAAAUGGACAGUGAUGAUGGGUCAUCGUACUUUGCUAACCUCCCGGGGGCGAGAACCGAGGGGCUGGAUCCAUCGGAUCUGUCCUCGAUCCCGGAAGACACCCAACGAAGAGAGUCCUCAGGUCAAGACCUGUUGCGACGCUUAAGUUUAGUGGGAGAACAAUCCCCCGACUUGCCGGAUGUCGAUCCGAAAAAACAACACCCGGGAUUAAAGCUAAGUGGUCGCGUGAUAAGUGCCGCUUUUUGUAUUCCAUACAAGCUUCAAUUCAAAGCUGGGUCGGACUGGACAAUCAAACCUCGAUCCGGCACCUCAGCCCUAUUCGACUCCUUUGCUCAACUGGCCUCGGAUGAAACUCCCUGGACACAUACCCUUGUGGGAUGGGCCGGGGAAGUUGACCCCAUCCUAGACGCUAAAGUUCCCUUACAACCGGUCACUCCCAACGCUAAUAAAUUACCAACGGGAUCGAACAAUCAAACCGUUCCGCUUAACAAGGCCGCAGCACCCGUCCCAGUGAAUACCACCCAACAACCUACAUCGAACCCGCUGGUAGAUGGGAUCAGCGUUGGAAAGGAAGACAGAGAGAAACUCGACAACCAGCUUGCUUCCGGGCGAUACGGUCGAAUCUUACCGGUCUGGUUGUCAGACGUAUCCGAGGAGCCAGAAGAGACCAUUGUCCUUAAAGACCAAGGCCGAUGGAGGCGCUACGCAGAGAGGGAGCUUUAUCCUCUUUUGCACUAUAAACAACAUGGGCCUACAGACGGCCGUUCCGAGCGACGAUGGUGGACUGACUAUGUGCGAUUAAACCAGCUGUUCGCCGACCGCAUCGUCCAAGAUUACCAUGAAGGAGAUGUCGUUUGGGUGCACGAUUACCACUUAUUUCUCCUGCCUAGCCUUCUUCGACAGCGCAUCCCUGAUAUAUACGUGGGGUUCUUUCUCCACUCUCCUUUCCCUAGCAGCGAGUUUGUGCGAUGUUUGGCGAAGCGCAAGGAAAUUUUAACUGGUGUUCUUGGUGCGAACAUGAUUGGAUUCCAAACAUUCUCAUACUCUCGACACUUUUCCUCAUGCUGCACACGCGUUUUGGGCUUCGAUUCGAACUCAGCCGGGGUGGAUGCAUAUGGGGCGCAUGUUGCCGUGGAUGUAUUCCCAAUCGGCAUUGAUGCACGCUCAAUUCAAAGAGCAGCUUUUGGCGCCACUGAUAUCGAGAAGACCGUGGAAGGUAUUCGCAAACUAUAUGCUGGACGGAAAAUCAUCGUUGGCCGCGAUCGUUUGGACAGUGUCCGUGGUGUGGCACAGAAACUACAGGCCUUUGAGAUAUUCCUCGAGCGCUACCCUGAAUGGCGGGAGAAAGUCGUCCUUAUUCAAGUAACUAGCCCCACUAGCGUGGAAGAAGAGAAGGAAGAUCCAGAAAAUAAGAUCGCAGGCCAAAUUUCUAGUUUGGUAUCCACGAUCAAUGGCCGCUUUGGCUCACUGAGCUUUGCACCUGUUCAGUAUUAUCCGCAGUAUCUGUCACAACGCGAAUAUUUUGCGUUGUUGAGGGUCGCUGAUGUUGGGCUUAUCACUACUGUACGUGACGGCAUGAACACAACCAGUCUAGAGUAUAUCGUCUGCCAGCAGACCAACCACGGCCCUCUUAUUCUCUCAGAGUUCUCUGGUACCGCCGGUACUCUUCCGAAUGCAAUCCAUAUCAACCCAUGGGAUCUUUUGGGCGUUGCUGGAGCCAUUGACCAGGCACUCAAGAUGCCCCCUACACAAAGGCGAGAACAACACCUGAAGCUCUACAAACACGUCGUCACAAACACUGUUGGGGCGUGGUCGAGACAAUUUCUCCACCGAUUGUUAACCAACCUCUCCUCUUUUGAUCAGUCCGUCGCAACGCCUGCCCUUGACCGUGCUAUGUUGGUCAAGCAGUACCGCAAAGCACGGAAGCGUCUGUUCAUGUUCGACUAUGAUGGCACAUUGACGCCAAUUGUGAAAGAUCCGCAAGCUGCAAUUCCGUCCGACCGUGUCCUCCGUACCCUUAAAAGAUUAUCCGCAGACCCACGCAACGCGGUAUGGAUCAUCAGCGGACGAGACGAGGCUUUCUUGGAUGAAUGGAUGGGCCACAUUCCUGAACUGGGACUCAGCGCCGAGCAUGGUUGCUUUAUCCGCCAGCCUCGUUCGGAUGACUGGAAGAACCUGGCCGACCGUCCUGAAAUUAAGGAAUGGCAGAAGGAAGUCUUCGAUGUAUUUCAACAUUAUACGGAACGAACUGGAGGCUCUUUCAUUGAGCGUAAACGAGUCGCAUUGACUUGGCAUUAUCGUCGUGCUGAUCCCGAAUAUGGCAAAUUCCAAGCUCAAGAGUGUCGCAAGGAGCUCGAGGAAACGGUGGCCAAGAAGUGGGAUGUUGAGGUCAUGGCCGGUAAAGCCAACUUGGAGGUGCGCCCAACCUUUGUGAACAAGGGUUUCAUUGCUACACACCUGGUGGAAGAAUAUGGCCCGGAACCUGGGAGAGCCCCCGAAUUCAUCUUGUGCUUGGGAGAUGACUUCACCGAUGAAGAUAUGUUCCGCGCACUUCAAAAAUUCAAUCUACCGCAAGAGCAUGUUUACUCGGUAACGGUUGGUGCCAGCUCUAAACAAACCGACGCCAGCUGGCACUUGUUAGAGCCUGCCGAUGUCAUCAACACCAUUCAGAUGCUCAAUAGCAGCUCUAAUCAAGACCAUUGA